CCUGAGGUGUGAAGGUGAAGCCGCCUGCCGCGAGCCAAUAUUAAAGUUCAUUCAUCGUUGUCUUGUGGUUGUGACGAGUGAAUAAGCUCGGAUUUAAGCCGACGCCUCGUCACCGCGAAUAUAUAAUCAUCGUUUAACGAUUCCGCGCUCAUAACUUAAAUUAGUGUCGCGAAGUCGGUACGCCUCACCCGUUUCUAUCGAUGAUUUAACCGUCUGUGAUAAACGAUACCGAUUUCAAUUAAUUUAAAAACAGAGUUAACCAGCACCGGUGAUAUCAGUGCCGCUUUUAUUAAGAAUCAAAGACUGUGCUUGUUCAUUCAGUGUCCCACGAGGAGAGACCGCUAAAACAUGGAGUAUAAGUCUUCCAUGACUUAUAACCUAGACCUUUCGCCGAACUAUUCAUAUAUUUUCGAAUUUGAAAAUCAUUUUAUACAUAACGAUUAUAGGAAAUGGAUGAUCGAAAACUGGACGGUCGCAUUCUAUUAUGUUGGAAUUUAUAUGGCGUUUAUUUUCGGCGGCCAAUACUACAUGCAGAAUCGUCCGAGGUUCGAACUCCGGCGCACACUAAUAGUAUGGAACAGCUCGUUGGCUCUCUUCAGCAUCAUGGGCGCGUGCCGGACGCUGCCUGAAUUCAUCCACGUGCUCAAGAAUCAUGGCCUAUACCACUCUAUUUGUAUACCGAGCUUCAUAGAACAAGACAAAGUGUCCGGCUUCUGGACGACGAUGUUUGUCCUCUCCAAAGUACCUGAGCUCGGGGACACAGUGUUCAUAGUGCUGCGCAAGAAGCCGCUAAUCUUCCUCCACUGGUACCACCACAUCACCGUGCUGCUGUACACGUGGUUCUCGUUCACGGAGUACACGUCGUCCGCGCGCUGGUUCGUCAAUAUGAACUAUUUUGUGCACAGUGUGAUGUACUCGUACUACGCGCUGGUGAGCAUGGGCAAGUACCCGCCCAAGUUCCUCGCGAUGACGAUCACGUUCCUGCAGCUCACGCAGAUGAUCGUGGGGUGCGCGAUCAACAUCUGGGCGCACAACUACAUGUCGAGCGCGCCCUCGCACACGUGCGGCAUCAGCCAGAUCAACAUCAAGCUCUCGAUGGCCAUGUACUUCUCGUACUUCGUCCUGUUCGCCAGGUUCUUCUACAAAGCCUACCUCUCGCCGAAGCCCGGCAAGAAGUCGAAGGUCGAGCCCUCGAUCUCGGAAGUGCCCCCCUCGAAGAAGAACGACUUCGCCGCCCAGUACAACGGCUACCCGAGACAGAGGAACGGCGUGGUCCACUAGUCGCCGUCUGUGAUAUUAAUUGUACAGGUUAUUAGGUGCCGAUUGAGUAAUUUCAACUUUAAUCGCUUCACGUGUUGUUGUGAUAGCGCGCCUGCGCGUGCGGGCGCAUGAUAGCUACAGUUUUUUACAUGUACAUGAACGGUCACGCGAGAAACACGCGUGGGAAUUGCAAUUAUCGCAGCGUUGUUUGUUUUUAGUAUUUAUAUGCGAUGCUAGCAAAUUAGCUGUUAAUUGGAUCAUCUGAUUGAAUAAGUUGUAGGCACUUAAAUUGGCCAAAACUCGUUGACCUACAAGUGUGUCAAUUACGAGAUAUAAUUGAAACUAUAAUUUACAUCUGCUUACACGAACGAAUUAUUGAUACCCUACAAAAAAUAGUUAGGAUUAACGUAUUAUCAUGUUUUACUUAUUACAGAACACUGAGGAAUAAGAAAUUAUACUAAAUAUUGACUUAGCCGCCUUAUCCUGCUAUUGACCUAUAAUAAAUUAUUAUUCCUCGAGAUAGUCAUAUAUUGUGACAGUAGCUGUUCAGGCACUGUUGUCAGGGUAUCGGUGACCUUUACAGCGCUUAUCUCUCAAGGGUAUGCAUAUUCGCACGUUUUCGCUUUUAUCUAAGUCUAAACCACAUUUACACUAGCUUUAAUGAUGUGAUAAAUCGAAAAUAAGCGAAGCACUCGCAGGAAUAGAUUUUGUUUGAAGGUGGAAGGGGUUAAACUAAUGUUUUAUCAUGUACCAUGAAUAUAGACCUUUUGUUACCGUACAAUACAACAAAAUAAUUAUAGCUUAUUAAGAGAAGAUAUUAUAUGCAAAUAAUACAGAUGGUUCAAUUAAAAACAUUUUGUGUAAAGAAAUCACAUCAAUACUAAAUAACAAUUGAUAUAAAAUAGUCUAAAAUACUUGUAUUAAAAGUUGAAAUUAUCAAUCGGUGUUCGUCUAAAGGUGGCCGUUGUAACAUUCCAUGCUAGAAUAUGUGCGGGGUAAUGCUUAGGUAACGCUUCAAACGACGGCGCCUCUUAGUGUAGGGAUCUUUGGUUGGAGAAAAGCGAUCUUAUUGCGUAGGUGUUAAAGCUCAAAAUAUAUAGCCGGGAUUUGAAACAAUCUAAACUUUACAUGCUCAGUCACAGAAACUUUCCUUCGAAUUUACCGAAUCUGUUAUUCUCCAAUCAAAGUUUGGAACGCUUCUACAUUGGUUGAACUAAGGAUACAUAGUUUUUUAUACGCUUCGUUUUUAUUUAUUUCGAAAUUAAAUAAAAUUGGUACCAUAAUAAUAUGUUACAUAACCGUUUAUACUCCAGUGUUGCAUCUACUUAUUUACCAUAUACCGCAGGCCAAUGUAGGAGCAUUCGACAUAUUGUUGUUGUUUAUCGUAUUUAUUACUUAAAUGAGUGAUUAUAAUAUGUAAUUUAUUUGUAAAAGGGUAGGUUUACCUGUACAGAGUAAUUAUUGUUUACGCCUGACACCUGCGUACACGCAACAUCAGUUUGAAUACGUGUUAGCGUGUACAGAGUACCUCGCACAGAGACUUCGCAAGUCAAUUUUAUUAAGCGAGGAUAGUUCGAUACUUUGAUACGCUUGUAUGACAAGUGCACAAAGUAUGUUGUAAUUAGCGGAGUAAAGCUAUAGGGGGCUGUAUAUAAAAUACAAGAAACAUAGAGGCCAAAUAAUAGAGAAAUAUUUAAUUAUAAACGUUGUUAUUAUAAUCAGAUUUUUCAUAUUCAUCAAUAUUUAAUAACUUAUUACUAAAUUGUUAUUUAGUACGACGGUUAGUGGUAUUAACAGCUCUGUAUAUGUAUUUUAUAAAAGCCCCCUGACGAGUACAGCUUGAUUGAAAUAUCUAAAUGAUUUUAAAUACCGCUUGUCUAGGUACAAAUUUUUGACCCUUUUAUAUAAUGACCGGAAGGAUGAUGGAUAAAGUUAUAAAAUAAAAAAUGGCUCGUGGUAAUUUUUUGCUUUAGCCAAACAAAUGUGUACAAAGCUUAGGUUUUAGCGUUAGUUGUUCUCUCGUUGAGAAUGGAUAAAGAGGGAAAUCGUGUCGAAAUAGUUCAAUUAGAAAAAAUAUUAUAGAACAAUUCCGCGUCGACAAGACUGUGUUUUCAUUGGAAUGUCAAAAAAUAUUAGAAACUUAGAUGUUUGAAGUAUUACAAUUUACAAGUACACAUACAUACUUGUACGCCAUAGAAAGAAGUACUAAUUCAAUGCAAUAAUAAUAUAUUGAAAAAUAUUUACAUUAAAUGAAUCUAACGAAAACUUUUAGAUAUACUAGAAAUUUACAUUGUAAAGUCCGCUUAAUAUCCAGCGUUGGUCUCGCGAUAGUUUAGAACCAAGGGACGAUCGUCAUGUUGUUUUGCAAUAAUAAAUGUAAUUGAUUAAGUUAGUAUAACCUUAACAAAUAAAGAAGGGAAUGUAUAUGUGGCUGCUCGUCUAUUUCCUUCUCUCUCUAACAACAUGUUGUAUGAAGAGAGAAGUGAUAUGUGUGAAGGGGAUAGAUGUCAGCCAUUUUAUAAUUCCAUUCUUUAUUGACGCGGGUUAUAACAAAAUGAGUACAGUUAAUUUAACGAUAGAGUGAUGACGAUCAGUUCUUAUAGUUUAGGCCAGGUCAAUUUCGUAUAGAAAGUUCUAGAUAAACUGGUGUUAGUAUGUUGUCCGCGUGGACUAAUCCAUAGAAAUCAUGAUGUAGACGAUAUGGGUUUUUAAUUUUUCAUCCGAAUUCUGUACGAGAAUAGAUUGGGUUCAUAGCAUCACUAUGUAAAGCGCACUUUAUUUCGUGACAAUCAUUUCUAUAUGAGAGAAAAAUAUACCAGGUUAAUAGUUGUAGUUUGCUGAAUGACUCAUAGCUUCUUCUUAUCUCUAUAAAAGUUUAUAAUAAUAAAUAAUAAUCUUUAUAAGCCCCAAAUUAAUCUCCUCGUGUCAAAGUCAGAGUAUUUAAAUACGCGUUGAAUACAGAGAAAUGAUGUGUCACGAAAUAAAGUGUUACGAACGAGCUAGGCUUUAAACACCGUCGGUAUUUCUUUAUAAUUGCGAAUUGUUAUUUAUUGUUAUAAAUUUUUAUACGCUUUGUAAAAUAGUUUACAUUGUUUUUUUUUCUUAUUUUAUUUUUCAUGCACAAUGUCAAAUUGUAGUAUAUUUUUGAUUGAUAAGUAUUUGUUGAUACAAUAUUGUUUUUCGUUUGAAUGUAUUGUUCGCUAUAAUUACAAUAUUAUACAAUAAUUCCUUUACAAUAUGUUCCAUUGUAUUUGUAUGUGUGCAUAUUCUAUCGCACUAUAAAAUUCGAUUGGUGCUUCUUAACACAUUUCAAAUAUAAAUCUUUGUAAAAAUAUGAAUAAGGAAGGCUCCCAUAUUGUAAAUAAUCCCAGAAUUUACGAGAGGUAAUAAUAAAACCAUGUAAAUGACAAAAUUCCAGUAUUGUGUAAGUGAGUAUCCAACAAGACCUAUGUGUAAAUAAUGUUUUUUUUUUUCAUCGUAAAACGCUAAUAUCUUAAAUAAUUUCAAAGUAAAUACUGGAUGGAAAAAUGAUCCAUUGAAUUUUAAUAGUAUGCGGGCAUACUUUAUUUAGUUACACUAUGUGUAAAAGUUAACAGUGACAAUAAAGAAUCGAAUCAUCGAUGGCGCCGUCGUAUGUCGUCUCACUUGCACAUUGACGUUUGUACGCUUGCUAUCUUGCUUGCACGACGAGAACGUUAAAUGCCAACGGUCGCCAUUUUAAUUCUAUUCUUUAUUGGUGCUUUUUCUCAGAAGUGUCUGUAUUUUACUAAAGGAAUAAUUAUUUCAAAUUAAGCAUGUUGUGGCGAUUUUAUUUAGGUAUCAGGGAUAUAUCUAAUUUAUGCUCUCUUAAUUUGAAGUUUACCAUCUUUCUAUCAAUGAAAGCAAUUUAAAUAUAUUACAUUUAAAUAUAUACACAGUUUCAAUGCAAAUCGUGUAGUCUAAACAGUACAUUUCUCUGUCUUAACAUAGUAUAGGUAUGAGGCAUUUAUUAAUAAUUUUUUUAUUAACUUUUCUUGCAUUUACAUGAGAAUCGUGGUUCAGCCUAGCUAGAAGAUAGCAAUCGCAGUCCUAUAUUCGAAGAUAUAUUUUUGUGGAAUGUUUUGUCACAAACAAUGCCAAUAGUCGAUUGUAUCAUAGGUGUGUAAGAGGAUUGGAAACAUACAACAUGCAAUCAUUAAUUUGUAUUUUGUGGGCAAAUAAAGCGUUAAUGCGUA